AUGGGAAAGAAGAAGCCUAAGAAGACCGUUGUGCCCAUUUACCUCAAAUCGCCAGACGAGGUGCCGAAGCGAGAGGUUGAGUACAAUGCUCAGACCCAAGUUCGUGAUGCGUUCGACAACGAUCUGGACUUCCUGCUGAACCAUGAUGACGAAGUUGUGGACGACGAGCCUAAGGUUGAUGAUGCUGAAGGGGUUGAUGGUGCACCAAGUGGGCACCAGGAUACGCAGAGGAAGAGCAAAGUUGGUAAGAAGCCCAGAUCACAAGUUCGGCAAGAGAUUUUGAACCUGGAUUUCGACUUGGGCUUCAGCUCUGAUGAAGAUGGAGAUGGAGAUGAAGAUCAUCACCUUGAGGACAAGCCACCAGGAGGGAGAGGGAAGCCGAGCGCACAGUUUAUGGAGAGCCUGUUACAACUCUCUGAGCAGCUUGACGAUCUUACGUUACUGUCUUCAGAUGAGUCCGUCAGCGACUACUUCCAAUUGGAGAACGACAGCGACUCUGAAGAUGGCCCACAGUUUGUUGUGAGCGAUGAGGAGGAGCAGAUCCAACUCGAUGAAGAGUUCAACAACCCAGCUCAUCUCUCCAAGAGAUUUGAAGCAUUGAAUGUUGCGGGAAACCGUGAUGGCAAGAAGGGGCAGAAGAAGAAGAAGAUUCUAUUCGAUGAGGUUGGUUCUAACUGGGAGAAACUGCAGAAGAAGAUGGCAGACAAACCGCAGGACAGGUCUAAGAGGAAGAAGCAGAUGAAUAAGCAGAGGCAGAAGGUAUCUCAGGCGGAAAGUACUCAGCAGGAUGCGGAAGAAGGCGUCACAGGGAAGAAGGGGAGUAUCUCUAGAGCAAAGAAGGCAAAGGAGAGGGCAAAGCAGAAGGCAAAGGAGAGAGCAAGGGAGAAGGCAAAGGAGAAGCCAACUAUACAGAACCAGAGGCCUGGACCACAGCCUCAGAGCACCAAACCAGCCGAGAAUAAGAGUGCUAAACCAAUGAUGGACAAACAGGAGAUUACACCAAGUGAUUCAGCAGACCAAUCAACUAAAAAGACCACCAAGCAGAGAGCACGAAGACCAAAGAAGCACCCUACCGCACUAAAGACUACCACAGAUUAG